AUGCACCAACGCCUCUGCUCGACAGCCGCCCUUCCGAAAUCCAAACCAAACCCUGUCCUUCUUUCUGCGCUGAAUCCUUCCCGUUCAUUCACUAUCGAAGCAGAUGUCUCGCCGGAGGAUUACGUCGGGAGCAAUCCCUCCUCCAAGUCGUCUCCGUAUAGAACGCCACUAUGGAAUCUCUUACACCCACUUCUGAAGCACGAGCCGCCCGACCUUUCAUUCUACGCGCCCCUUUUCCAGCAUCUGACCGGCCGUAAUUUCUUGAGAAUCGGGCGGCAAGUUCAUUCCCACAUGGCGAUUCGCGGGUGGGAACCCAAUGGCUUCACCGCAGCGAAAAUGGUUGCGAUGUACGCCAGUUCUGGUGACCUCGACGCUGCUGGAGUUUUGUUCGGUAGGAUUCAGAACCCUUCUCUGAUUUUGUACAAUUCCAUGAUUCGUGCUUAUAGUAAAUACGGCUGCCACCAGAAAAGUGUAGAGCUUUAUCUUCGGAUGCAUUCGUCAGGCUUUCAAGGGGAUAACUUCACGUUUCCUUUUGUACUGAGGUCUUGUGCUGAUUUGUUGAAUCUUUUGAUUGGCAAAUGUGUUCAUGGCUUGAGUCUGAGGAUUGGGUUGGAGUUAGAUACAUACGUUGGAACUUCUUUGAUCGACAUGUAUGUGAAAUGUGGCGAAAUAGGGAAUGCACGCAAGCUGUUUGAUAUAAUGGAUGUUAGAGAUGUAUCCUCGUGGAAUGCUCUGAUUGCUGGAUACAUGAGAGAUGGAGAGAUUCGCGUCGCUGAGGAUUUGUUUGCGAGGAUUCCUUGCAGUAAUAUCGUUUCUUGGACUGCUAUGAUAUCAGGAUACACCCAGAAUGGGCUCGUUGAGCAAGCAUUAACUCUGUUCGACGAGAUGUUGAAGUAUGAUUCUGAUGUGAAGCCCAAUUGGGUGACAAUAAUGAGUGUGCUCCCCGCUUGUGCACACUCUGCUGCUCUUGAACGCGGCAGGAAAAUCCAUGAUUAUGCUGCUAGUAUCGGUAUGGACUCGAACCCAUCAGUCUGCACAGCGCUUAUUGCAAUGUAUGCUAAAUGUGGGAGCCUUGUUGAUGCACGCUGCUGUUUCGAUCAACUGCUCCCAACUCAUAGAAAUUUAGUUGCUUGGAACACUAUGGUAACUGCUUAUGCAUCCCACGGGCGUGGAACGGAAGCUGUGGCCACUUUCGAGGAGAUGAUUGAAGCAGGGGUUAGACCCGAUACAGUCACAUUUACUGGCCUGCUGAGCGGAUGCAGCCACUCAGGUCUAGUUGAAAUGGGUUUGAAGUACUUCAAUAAUAUGAAACCAGUUUUCUCGGUGGAACCAAGAGUUGAGCAUUAUGGGUGCAUUGUUGAUCUCUUGGGUCGUGCUGGGAGAUUCGUGGAAGCAAAGAAGAUGAUCGACGAAAUGCCUAUGGAAGCAGGGGCAAGCAUUUGGGGGGCAUUGUUGGCUGCUAGUAAGAUGCAUAAGAAUCUAGAUACUGCAGAUAUAGCAGCUAGGAAGCUAUUUGUGUUAGAGCCUGAAAAUAGUGGCAAUUACAUCCUGCUGUCGAACAUGUACGCAGAAGCUGGCAUGUGGGGCGAGGUAGAUGAUUUGAGAGCUGCUAUUCAAGGCCGAGGAAUACGAAAGAAUCCUGGUUGCAGUUGGAUUGAGGUCAAUGGCAAAGUUCACCUGUUCCUGGGUGAGGACAGGUCCCAUACCGAGUCGAAGGAAAUAUACUUGUUUCUUGAGGCAUUGGCUGAAAGGAUGAAGGCAGCCGGGUAUGUACCAGAUACAACUGUGGUGCUGCAUGAUGUCAGUGAAGAAGAGAAGGAGCGUAACCUUACAACCCAUAGCGAAAAGCUAGCUGUAGCUUUUGGUCUUCUCAACACAAACCCGGGAGUAGUUCUUCGAAUAACGAAGAACCUCAGGAUAUGUGGAGACUGCCACACAGCUUUCAAAUUUAUAUCGAAGAUAUACGAACGGGUUAUGGUAGUAAGAGAUUUGAAUCGAUUCCAUCAGUUUGAGAAAGGCACUUGUUCUUGUGGGGAUUAUUGGUGA